UUGGAAAAAAAACUAUUUUAAUGGAUGGAUGGAUACUUUAUUAUUCAUGGGGAAAAUUCUCUUUCAAUUUCUAUUAUUUUGUGAUUUUAAUAGCAGGAAUUCAAGAGAAUAGAUGCAGUCUGUAUCAGAUAAUGUGCUAAAUAAACAGAAAGGUGAGUAAAGGUUGUGAAGUAAAAAGAUGCCAGAUAUUAGGACUAUUCAGAGCAGUAAGUACAAAAAAGUGUUACUCAUUGAGGAAAUAUAUGGCACAAAGCUGGGCAAGAAAACGUAAAACUAGAACGAUGAAAAAGGAAUAAAAAAAGUUUUUAACACACACAAAAGAUAGGCAGGGGGGGGGGGCAGUGUUUCUUUUUCUUUCUUUCUUAAAUCCAAACAAUAUCUGGUCCUUUGAUCAUCAUCUUUAUUGUCCUAGCCUCGGGUUGUGUUUACUCCUCCCCACUUUGCGUGAGGCUGCCAGCUGGGCCGGUCCCUGAACGCACCUCCCUCUUCCUGAGUGGCUUUUCUACUUUUUGUCGCACAGCGAGCGGGAGCCGAGAGUCCGAGCAGACCGGGUCCAGUCCUCCGGUCCUGAACCUCAACUUUCUGAUAGCAGGAGCCUCAGUGAGGAUUUAUUACAAGUGUGAGGACCGGACUCUGACUCCGACUCUGACCCUGCGAGUGGACGUGGACCAGAGAGUGGGACAAACUCUUCCCACGGACUAAUCUCCCCAAGAGGGCGGGGGGUUGGGUGUUUUUACUUGAAGGGGUACCACUCAUUCUCACACACACACACACACACACACACACACGCACACACACACACACACACACACACACACACACCUACCACUCCCCAGCAGCAUCCUGCACAGGUCGUGGAGUCAUUCCCACUUGCAACAAGACGUUGAGCCAUGCCGAGCAAGAGCCAGCAUCCGCGCCCGCGGCUGUGCACGCUGGAGAAGGGGGACAACGGCUACGGCUUCCACCUCCACGGGGAGAAGGGCAAGACGGGCCAGUUCAUCCGGUUGGUGGAGCCCGACAGCCCGGCUGAGACGUCCGGGCUCCACGCCGGGGACCGCCUGGUGUUCGUGAACGGGGAGGACGUGGAGAACGAGAGCCACCAGCAGGUCGUGUCCCGGAUACGAGCCACCGUGGGCCGGCUGGUGCUCGUGGUGGUGGACCCGGACACCGAGCAGCUGCUGAAGAAACACAACAUGAAGUGUCUGAAGGAGCACGUCAGCGACGGCAUCCCGUUACCUUUUGACGAGGAGGAGGGGGGGGAGGUCAUGGUGGAGGAGGAGGUGGUGGUGGAGCAGCAGCAGGAGCACCGGGACGCGGACGGGACGGUAAACGGAGAUGAGCGGCACGACAAAGAGGGUGAAGAGGAAGAGGAGGAGACACCCAGAGAGUCCACGCCGGUCCCGAAGAGGAACGGCGGGGAAAUCCACGUGCACGUCGAGAAAAAGCUGAGCAUCAACUCUGAGAAGGAGGCGUUGUGCACUGAGCUGCGGCCCCGUCUCUGUGUGAUCCAGCGGGGGGCGAGCGGAUAUGGCUUCAACCUGCACAGCGAGCGGGCGCGGCCGGGCCAGUACAUCAGAGCGGUGGAUGAAGACUCUCCAGCUGAGAGGGCGGGCCUGCUGUCCAUGGACAGGAUAGUGCAGGUGAACAGUCUGUCGGUAGAAGGGAAGACGCAUUCAGAAGUCGUGGCCGCCAUUAAAGCCGGCGGGAAAGAGGCCCGUCUGCUGGUGGUGGACCCCGACACGGACGCCUUCUUCAAGAGGUGCCGAGUGGCCCCCGCCUUGGACCACCUGUCUGGUCCGCUGCCUGAGCCGGUCAUUAAUGGAGGACUGGAUGAAAAGGUGAAUGGCCGAGGGGCCACAGAGAGGGACUCAAUGCUGUCAGUCAGUCCUUCUCCUUCCAACGCCUCGUCCAACACCUCGCUCACAACCCUGCCCACCAACACCCCGCCUGAGGGGUUUAUUGCGGACGCCAUCCCAGCGCUCAACAUGUCCCUGCAGCAGGUUAAAGAGCUCGCCCACCAGAAACGCUCCAGCAAGAGAGCCCCGCCCAUGGACUGGACCAAGAAAAAUGAACUCUUCAGUAACCUAUAGGGCAUCUGUGCCCAACUCACACAGAUUUUAUAGUGAUUCUUACAGAAAGACAUUAGUUUUGUAUCAUCAUGACAAAAGAGCAGAUUAACUAUUGGCACCAGACAAAUCCAGACAUUCUGUAAAAUACAGUAUUGUUCUUAUUACUCUUCAUGCGAUUAUAUAAUCCAGAUAUUCAAUAUGUAAUAAUAUGUUUAAUUUGAUACUAACAAUGAGAGAUGCAAAUGCCGAUGGAAGAUAACUGGACCAUGAUGUGUGCGUGUGUGUGUGAGUGUGCGUGAGUGUGUGCAUGUGUGUGCGUGUGUGUGUGGACCCUGACAGUCCCUGCUGGCCAGAGUCUGGUGCCUGUGGAAACGACGUAGAGUUGAUUGUUAUAUCUCGUGUCAUGACCGUCCUCCUCCUCCUCCUCCUCCUCCUCCUCCUCCUCCGUCGUCAGCUUAUUCGUCUUUUACAAGUUUCUACUAACUUCUUGUCUUCAACAGCAGGAGUGAAACCAGCCCGACAAUCAGUUCAUCAUAAAGAUAGUUGACCUCCUCGUUAGUUUGUAGGGUUCAAACAUUUGACUUGACAGUAAUGCUUUUAUUUGAGUUUACAUGUCAAAGCCCUUUUUUUGUGAUAUAAAAAAAAAGAAAAGGUAAAGAUAUUAUCUUCCCUCAUAGUACACAAAUGGGCUUUAAACUGGAAAUAACUGUGUUUUGAAGAGGAUUCUUUUAUAUUGUAUGUAUUUAUAUAUAUAUACACAGUAUAUAUCAUGUGUAAUGCAUAUUUUACAUUUUUUACAUGAAUUCCACUCUGAAAUGAAAUGUCCACCUUUUAUCUCCACUUUGUCUAAAUACGUGAUAUCCUCUUUCAUUAAAUGUGAACUACUGUUUAUUAUGAGUAACUUAUACCGUCCUCUCUUUGCCUUCAUGUCUAAAGUCUGAGUGUCUGGAAUAUUUGUUUUGCUCUCGUGAGAAAUUAGAUUUUUACACAUUUCUUUCAAUGUCUUAAAAAAUAUUAUGUAACUUUGAGAUGAUUUAUUUCUAGAAGAACGUCCGUGCUUCAGAUUUUAUGCUUUUGUUCAUGCCAUUAAUGAGAAUGGCGAUGAUUUUUCAAAAUGAAGGGUUUAAUUAUACAAAGAGGUUUUUUUUGUAGCUUGUGUAAGAAGAAAGUGAUUUCUAUACUGAAAUAAAUCCGUCAUCAUAA